UCGGUUUAUAGUCGGACUAUUUUUAAUGUAACACGGAGAGUUUCACAUGUGUUGCCUAGUGGGUGUUUUGCUCAAUUCAAACAUUAUUUCAUGCUCUUCAUGUGGUCUCCCCUCCACUAGACUGUCAGAAUGAAGCAAACUGAGCCACAAAAGGACAGAGAGAGCCUCUAUCUGGAGGUGUCCGCUGUGAACGGAGCCGUGUCUCUACCCCUGCACUCCUCUAUCGUCCUCUUCCUCCUGUCCUACACAGAGUGCUCAUCUUUCCAUGUCUAUCUGGUCACAGAUCGAGCAGACAUCUUACAGUCCCUGUCAGGUCUGGUGCCUGGGGGUCUGGCUGUCUCUGACGUGAGGAGAGACGAGCUGCCAGGGCUGGUAAGGAUGUGCCGUCUGCCGGCUGCGCUGGAGCCUGGUGCUUGCUUUUGCAGAGCCGGCCUGGCUGUCGUACUGAGACACAUCAUUCAGAGAACAUGCCAGCUGAUGCCAGGCCGUAGGGAUGUAGCGUCACUCUUGGGCUUCAAGAAUACCUGUCUCAAGGCUUGUGCCGAGGUGAGUCAGUGGACUAGAUUGUGUGAGCUGGACAUUCCCUCUGCAGUGGAGGAACACUUACGAAACCCUGAAGACCAGAUGUAUCGACUUCCUGCUGCGAUCCUGAACUUAGAGAAGAGGCUAGGGGAACCCGUCAAAGUCCACAAUGAUGACAAGAUACGCCGACAGAAGCUACAACAGCAGAAGAAGAGCGAUUCUCAUCUAAAAGGCCCUAGUACAGAGAUGGAGAGUCGUCCGAAUGAAUCACAUCCAGGUGUUGAGCUCUCUGCUGCUCUGGCAAAGCUCUCUGCAGAUGCAGUUCCUUCUCCCGCCACCAGGGAGCGCUCUGACAUCAGGAAAGUCAAGACCACAGAUCUGCCAGAGCUGGAUCAUGUGUUUGCAGAAGGGCUGUAUUUCACCCUCACCGAUGUCGUCCUGCUGCCCUGCAUCCAUCAAUACCUGAUCUUGCUCCAAAAGCACACCCCCUCCACCCUUUCCCAUCUCCCCUUGCUGCUGAGAUGGUACCAGCGUGUACAGGAGCUCCCCAGCAUACUGAGGGCCGCAAAGGAUUGUGAGAUGGCCCUCCUCAGUCUCAGCACAGCUGACCCUUGCCCUCCCCAGCCGGAGAAUCCACAACCCAGUGGAGCAGAGCAGGAAGGGCCACAACUCAAGCAAGAGCCCUUCAUCGGGGGACCGCGACCAACUCUCACCAAACUGCAAGAGAAUGGGAUAGAUGCUGUUUACGCUGCUCACCCUUGCCCUACAUGGACAGUUGAUUGGGAGAGCCUGCCGGCAGCUGUCAACCCCACUGAAGGUAAGAUGUCAGACGCCCGCGCCGUGCGCAAACAACAACAGCUCAACAACCUGGUUGCCAUGGUGACGGAGCUGGCCCACCCUGGGCACACAGUGGUGGAUUUCUGCAGCGGGGGGGGGCACGUUGGGAUUGUUUUGGCGUACACGCUUCCUAAAUGUCAGGUUAUUCUCAUUGAAAAUAAAGAGGAGUCACUGGUCAGGGCCAGAGACCGAAGCUCUCAGCUUGGAUUGACAAACAUCGGCUUCGUCCAGGCAAAUCUUGACUAUUUUACUGGAAACUUCAACAUUGGGGAAAUGGUUUUUCUUGUGUUUGUUUCUGGCAGUAAUGAGAUGUUUGGGCCUGCAGCCCUUGGCCUCAUCUCCACAGAGAGCUGCGGAUGCAGUAUUGAGCUUCACACGCGGCCGAAGUUGGGGGAUUAUCUGCUGCCCACACAAAGGGGCUUUAUCAAACCUUUACUGUUUCCCAAAACUAAUACCUCUAUUCUGCCCCCCUCUGUCUCUCUCCACAGCGCGAGGUUUACAGAGACUCUGAGCUAUAAGGAGCACAUGGUCCUGUGCAGGUUUGCAGACCAGACGGCUGUCAGUUUACCCCCAGAACGACGAUUAAUCGGGAAGCGCUGUAUGGGACUGGUGGACUUGGACCGCAGUUGGGCCGCCGAGACUCAUGGGUAUUCUGUGAGGGUGAUGACCAUGGUCCCCGAGGGCUGCUCGCCUAAGAACAAUAUGUUGGUGGGGAUACCGACAAGAUAACACUGACUCAUGAGAAAUAGCCACGUUAUGUCAGGACUACAAAUACCUCCAUGAACGGGAGUUCACUGUUUUUUGUAUAUUCCAUGAGAUGCUUGAUGUUACUUCUUGAGUUUUUACUUUGGACAAUUUAUAUUUGUAAGCAUUUCAUUUUAAGUGAUAGUUCACCCAAAUAUUAACAUUUUGCAGUCAUUCUGAUCUCCUUUUUUUUGUGAAACAAAAAUGUUAGUCACUCUUUUCAAUACAAUGGUAUGAUGACAAGAUUUUAAUUUUUGGGUGAACUAUUCCUUUAAUUGUUUUCCUUUGAUCCAAAAGCAUUGAUUGCAUGGAUCAAUGUAUUUGCACAUACACACUUGAAUCAUGGUUUGAUCUAAUUGUGCAAUCAGUAUAUUUGUUUUUUAAUUCAGAUUUUUAAAAGGCUUUUAAACUUGACUUCAUCUUAACAAUUAGAGGGAUUUUUAUUUCAGUAACAUCUUGAUUUACAUGCCAGGGGUUUGUUUGUAAAAAGAGUAAAAAACCAGCAUGCCCCUCAAUAAAUUAAACAUGAUUUCAAAUGCCGUUUGCAAAUGAGACACACUGAAUUGUGUAAAAGCACCUUACACCCUUUCCUCCACCAUUAUCGUGUAUUAUGCACAAAACAAAGGAGUCUCAAAA